UUUAGUUGAAGAACUUGUGGAGUUUCACUCAGUACGCUAAUCAUUUUUAAACAAUGCGAUCGCCACCGAUCGAUCUGAAUACACUUUCAACGGAGUUGCACAAAAUUGCACAAGCCAAGACGAAGUUAGAAGAUUUCACGGUGAAGCGCAAUGAGCUGUUGGCUGAAUUAGCCGAUUUCCAGCAGUCCAAAAAAUUCAUCGAAGAAACACAAAAAACGAUCAGUGAUUUGAAUGAAGAAAAGGAUGCCCACAGUGAAAUUAUCCAGCAAAUUAAUAUGGAUAAGCAAGAGCUGGAAAAAAUUAUGAAUUCAGCCAAACAAGAAAAGCGACAAAUGGAAGAAAGUAUUAGUCAGAAGUAUGAGGAGAUAUUUCGGUUGCUAGAACAGACCAACGAGCUAUCACGGGAAAGCGGUAUUAGUGAAGAAGAUCUCAUCUCACCGUCAAUCAUACCACCAAAUAAAAUCGCUCCGAAUAUUUCAUCGGUUGGACCUUUGGCUACUUCAAGCACAAGUGUGCCACCUCUGUUGCGUCACUUUAAGGUUAAUUCAGUACCAGCUGUUGUACAGCGUGCUAUGUUCAAUUUUGAUUCCAUUCUGUUACAAGCAGCAGCACCAGCAAUGGCACGGCCACCAGUCAUGCCGCACGCUUUUCCAACUAGUUCAUCACUUACCAAAGUUGACCAUCAAUCACCGCCCAUGAAGACAUGUCAAUCGUGUUUCCAACAAAUCCAUCGUAAUGCUCCCAUAUGUCCAAUGUGUAAAAGCAAAAGUCGAUCAAAAAAUCCGAAAAAACCGAAGAGGAAGGUGACGGAAUAA